AUGAUAUUUGAUGUGUCCCCCUAUACCCAGGGUUACACGGUAGUGAGGAAGACAUCCGGUAAGUUCGAGACACCCAGCAGCUGUCCCCGUGUGUCAGGAAGACUGAGCAGAACCCAGAGCCCCAUCACGGUGCCUCCACCUCACUCACUGAUACAUGAGAGACACAAUAACCAGAAGAUCCUAGAACUCACCAACAAGAUCAUUCAGCUGCUGACUGGAGAGGAGCAAGAGUAUAUAGAGGAACACAGGGGUCUGUACAAGGACGUGAUGAUGGAGAAUCACCGGCCCCUCACAUCACUGGAUGGGCAUAGUAACAGAGAUACCCCAGAGAGAUGUCCCCGUCCUCUGUAUUCCCAGGACUGUACAGAGAAGAGUCACAGGACCCCACAGGAGAAUCAGGGUGAAGAUAGGAGUAAUGUGACUGAUAUGAAGGCAGAAGAUAUAGAGGGAGAAGAAGAGAUGUAUGUGACUGAUAUAAAGGCAGAAGAUAUAGAGGGAGAAGAAGAGACGUAUGUGACUGAUAUGAAGACAGAAGAUAUAGAGGGAGAAGAAGAGAUGUAUGUGACUGAUAUGAAGGCAGAAGAUAUAGAGGGAGAAGAGACGUACGUGACUGAUAUGAAGGCAGAAGAUAUAGAGGGAGAAGAAGAGACGUGUGUGACUGAUAUGAAGGCAGAAGAUAUAGAGGGAGAAGAAGAGACGUAUGUGAAGGAUGAUCUGCAGUGUAAGGAGGAGGAAAUCCCUACAGAUAUCAGCACAGAUGAAUGUAACAGAAGGAAUAUCUCAGAAGAAAAUCUAAUUUCAUCUUCAGGUUGUAAAACAGAAGAUGAUGACAUCACACAAGAUUCUCCUGGAGAAACCCCUACUGCUCUACUCGUACCUCCUGUACCUCAAAAUGUGCUUGUGUCAUGUGGUCCCUCUAAUCAAAGGGAAUGUUCUGAUAACACUGAUAUUGGGUCAUCUUCUACAGCUCUGACAGUAGAUAAAAUAUUUCCCUGUUCUAUAGAUGACAGAUGUUUUACACAGACCGCACAGCUUAUAACCAAUCAUCCAGCUAAGGGAGGUGAGAAACCAUUUCCAUGUUCUGAGUGUGGGAAAUGUUUUACACACAACUCACGUCUUGUUACACAUCAGAGAAGUCACACAGGUGAGAAACCAUUUCCAUGUUCUGAGUGUGGGAAAAGUUUUACCGAUAAAUCAAAUCUUGUUACACAUCAGAGAAGUCACACAGGUGAGAAGCCAUUUCCAUGUUCUGAGUGUGGGAAAAGUUUUACACACAAGUCACAUCUUGUUGCACAUCAGAGAAGUCACACAGGUGAGAAGCCAUUUCCAUGUUCUGAGUGUGGGAAAUGUUUUACACACAACUCACGUCUUGUUAAACAUCAGAGAAGUCACACAGGUGAGAAACCAUUUCCAUGUUCUGAGUGUGGGAAAUGUUUUGCUGAUAAAUCAAAUCUUGUUACACAUCAGAGAAGUCACACAGGUGACAAGCCAUUUCCAUGUUCUGAGUGUGGGAAAUGUUUUACAUGGAAAUCACUUCUAUGUCUACAUGAGAGAAUACAUACAGGUGAGAAGCCAUUUCCAUGUUCACAGUGUGGGAAAUGUUUUACCAAAAAAUCAAAUCUUGUUACACAUCAGAGAAGUCACACAGGUGACAAGCCAUUUCCAUGUUCUGAGUGUGGGAAAUGUUUUACACACAAGUCAUGUCUUGUUAAACAUCAGAGAAGUCACACAGGUGACAAUCCAUUUCCAUGUUCUGAGUGUGGGAAAUGUUUUACACGGAAAUCACUUCUAUGCCUACAUGAGAGAAUACAUAUAGGUGAGAAGCCAUUUCCAUGUUCACAGUGUGGGAAAUGUUUUACCAAUAAAUCAAAUCUUGUUACACAUCAGAGAAGUCACACAGGUGACAAGCCAUUUCCAUGUUCUGAGUGUGGGAAACGUUUUACACACAAGUCACGUCUUGUUAAACAUCAGAGAAGUCACACAGGUGAGAGGCCAUUUCCAUGUUCUGAGUGUGGGAAUUGUUUUAGCGAUAAAUCAUCUGUUGUUAGACAUCAGAAACUUCACACACAUGAGAAUGUGUAGCAUGACAGUAAUCGAAUCUUGAUAAAACUAUACUUUAUUAACACUAGUUAAAAUUUGUAUAUAUGCAGAUGGAAAGUUAUUUAUCUUACAAAUAAAUCUAAUUUCUCACAUGUUUUUGUUAAA